AAUGGGCUCAUUCCCGGGGCAAUGCCGUUCGAUGGUGUAGGACUCGCGUUGGCCUUGGCCUUAGUCUAGUCUAGUUAGCCGUUAAACGGCAGAUCCCGCUGCGUCUUAUGUUUUAUAUUUUCUGUUUUAUGUUUUAUAUUUCAACAUAUAGUGACGGCAAGGCGCCUUCCUCCAUUGAGUCGCACAAACAACCUCAUUACUGGCACCACCGCUUAAAUUUGUACCACCCACUGAGAGACAAUGCAGAGCAUGCGCAGAAAACGCCUCAUUUCAUCUUGUAUUCCCUGCUACACGCGCAAGCAAAAGUGCAAUCGCGAAUACCCUUGCAAUCACUGCACCAAACGCCGCCGGCCCGAUGAAUGCACCUUUUACCCUUCACCAGCCUACCAGAGCGCCGCCGAGCCCGAAACGCGACUAGUUGAUACUGCAGAUACUCACGACGAGAAGACCCGGGACGAGAUCGUCGUUAGCGGCCCGUCCAGCUCGUCCGCCGGCUCGGACGGCAAAACCGCGACCCCGCCCGCUCAAGGGGCUUCGUCGCUGGCCGAACGCUUUGGCUACUGCGAGGAUAGCAACUCGAACACGUUGGCACUGAUUCGAAAGUUAGGGCUAGAUGAAGAGAUAGACCAUGAUGCCGUACCCAUAACGGGUGAGGCCGUCGAGCGGGUGAAGAGGCUAAUGAAGAGAUUGCCUGACCGCUCGAUUCUGGAUUUCUUGAUCCAGCACUUCUUGGCCGAGGUCGAUUGUUUUUCUGAUAGGAUCGAUCGUUUGAUAUACCCACCGUGGCUUUUAGCGCAGUACAAGCAAUGGUGGACCAAGGAACAACUGGAAUACGUGGUUGACAUUGACUUUGUGAUUCUUGUGCUGAGGAUUUGCUCUUACGCGUCCCAAUUUCUCCCCUCGCCGAAUUAUACUGCAGACAGAAUUCGUGGUAUACCAUUGUCCGAUAUACGCAGCACCUGUGACGGUAUCGCGUACGAGCUUGUUGCUAUUAGCAACCUGCUUGAUGGCUCAGGCUCCUUGCUUCGCGUGCAGUAUUAUGCCUUCCUUGGACUCGGGUUUCAAAGCGAGGGGAAGACCAAGAGCUUCUGGCAGGCGUUGAGCUGCGCUAUCCGAAUAGCGCAGAGUGCUGGCAUGCACAAAGAGUCCCCCGUGAAGACUCACCGUAUGGAUGAGCUGGAGAAAGAGAUGCGACGCAGGACAUUCUGUAAUCUAUAUGUGUGGGAUAGCCUCUUGUCGAGGCAACUUGACCGCGUGCCUUUCCUUCCCGAUGGAUUAAGUGAGGGAACCUGGCCAAAAAUGCGACUCAUGUCCCACAUCGGGGAUGGCACCGUGGAACUCGAUGCCGAUGCGCUCGAGAGUUUCGCCGAGCGUCUUUUCCAAGCGCGUCUUGCGGCCUUCUGGGAUCAAUUCGGCCUGCAGAUCCCGGAGUACGACAUGAUGAUGGCUGAAGAACGAUAUGAUCAGUUUUGCAAAGAAUUUCUGCCCACCCUGCCGCCAUCAUUCGCUCUAUACCCCAAUAAAACGUGGGAUAAGUGCGCCGCUAAACUCCCUCUGCAGAGGCAGCUUCUACGAAUCUCCAUUUUCGAGUCUCUUUGCUGGAAUUUCCGACCGGUAGUCCUGAGUGAGCCUGGUGCUAUGGAGUCUCUACCGACUUAUAAACGAGUGCUGCUAUGUACACAGCGAAAAGUCCUGGCUGCGGCGGCACUUCAUGUUUUGGACGCGGUCGCCUCCCUGCACGUCAUGCUUGGAGGAAGCCACACGCGCUUCAUUGGCCUCAUCUACCCCUCAUUCGAAGCGGCCGUGCUUCUGGUGUGCCUGUGCGUAGAUCCGCACUUUCCAAACGAUCCUGACGGCCGUCCCCUACCUGCUCUGAAAGGCGUCGACCCCAAGACGGAUCCUCUUCGGGCCAGUAUGGCUGCCGUGACUCGGGAAGGGUGCCUGCGGGCAAUAAAUGAUGCCCUCGAUAGAUUGAACAUGCUCGCAGAGAUUAGUAGUAUGGCUGAAGUUGGUGCCCAUACGUUAGUUCAGCUGCUUGGCAAACUCGCAUCAACAGGCGUGAUCGAUCGACAACCAGACGUAACCUCCAGCUUACUUCAGACUUCCACACUGAGCAAUCAACAAAUGAAUGAAUGGUCGUCUCUAGAGCUGACGGAACCAGGAUGGGUGGGCCCAGGCCAAUUGGACGAACUUUUAUCAGCUAUCAUGUCCCAGCAAUCCCAGAACCAGGAUUGGGAAGCCCUUGUGGACGGUUUUGUCGAGACUCAGUCUGGUGAUAAGUAGGUGCAUCAUUGCACUGGAACUUUAGGUGGGAUUUGUGCGGGAUGUUGUUUCGACUCUACGUUUUUCAGUCCACUAGACUUGCCAAAAUAAUAGAUAGAAUCUCUACCUAUACUACAAUAAUAGUGUAAAUACUACUUUCCGG